AUGGUGGCGGCCUCGGAGGGAGGUGUGGUUGCUGUGGUGAUGAGGUUUGGCGUCGCUGUUCCGUCUUACCCGUCUGAAGGAGACCACGUAGAAGGUGUCCUCACGCCGGUCAAUGGCGUCCAUGAAGUCACUGUAGCUGAUCUUGGGACCGGCAGGGAACACUUGUAUCUGACUGUGAGAGACAGAAGGGAAGUGAGAAGAGUCUCAGUGCCUGAGGAGCAUCGCCUGUACCUGGCCUGCAGUGGCACUGUUGACUUAGAGUGGCGGCACCAGGUCAACAGGAUCAUAGUCACCAAACAAGGCCAGUCGGUUACUUACACGAACCAACAGAAAUAUGACCUCCAGCCUGAUGGAUCUCUGGUUAUUAAAGAGCUGGAGCCAUCCGACUCUGGGGACUACCACUGCAACGACCAGCUAGUGGCAGACGUGGAGGUACUGAAAGGCAAAAACUUUGCGGUUUCUGCUGGACGAGCCCUAUUGCUUCCCUGUAUAGUAUCUAGCAAAGGCAAGCGGAGGUGGUUCUUCAGGAAAGAUAGUCAUGCGAAACGAGAACCCAUCUUGACUCUGUUCAAGAAUGGGACCAUGAAAAAGGAGAGAAAGGACCCCCAGAAAAGGUUCUCCUGUGAUGAAGAUGGUUCCCUGCAGAUCCUCAAUCUGCAGCCAGGGGACUCUGGAGAGUACCUGUGUAAUGGAGAAAAGGCAGCCAAAGUAACGGUGUUGACAGAUCAUUUCAACAUCCAGAGUACCACUGUUCUUAUGCAAACAGAUGUUGUUGGGAGAGAGAACAAGGAGACUCGCCCUGUAAAAGUUGUGACGAUAAUAGCUGUCAUUGGACUAUGCCUCAUGGUGCUUCUGGCUGGUCUGCUGUGCAAUUUGCUGAAAGGAAGACUGAGAGAAAGAAGAAAGAAAUGCAGUACAGUGACAGGACACAAGCAGGAAGGAACUGAACUCCAGACUAGGUGCUUGUCAAAUCUAGGGUCUGAUAUCACACAAAGUGAUGGGGAAGAAAGCCCUUCUCAUGUGGAAGACACUGAGGUUCAGUAUGCAUCUCUGGGUCGGCAGAACUGGAGGGAAAGAUUGAAGGUACAGGGAGACCAGCAUCACGUCAUCUAUUCCACUGUGGUCACUGCUAGACCAGCAUUCCAGGGUUUGGAGAGAAUAACACAUUGAUUUGACUGAUUGACUCCUUUACAAAACAGUUCGUUUUUUACCUCUUUGUAUUACAGUACGAGUACAUUUUGCAAAGGUUGCUCUUUAAUCCUAUAAUAAAUGUAUUUGAGUCUUUCAAGAUACUAUUCUUUUAUCCAACUAAUUCUAUAUCCUGUUGGCUUAAAACAAUUAUAUUGAGAUUCUUUGGACAAAAAAAACAAUUAUUACAUGACCUUUUUCAACAUUUACAGAAACACUCAUACAUGCACAAAUCACAAUACAAUCUUAGUUCCAUCAAGAACGGAUAUUUAAAGAACAAUGUCAGCAGAUGCACCAUACGCCUGAAUGAACAAAUUUGGCCACUGUUGCAUAGAUAACAUCUCCCUUGGCCAAUCCUGGCACUCCCUAAGCAAUGGGGCGGGCCUUACCAGUGUGCUUCAUACUGGCAUCGUGCAGACCAAACCUCUCAGGCAUAGAUUUACAGUUAGACAAGUUUUAGUCCUAACGAUUAUGACUAACAGAUGGACUUUUACCUUGAGACACAAAUAUGUUGUUGUACCUGAAAGAGGAAACAAUUCAUAGAGGUAAUCUGCAGUUCAAACAAUAACAAAUGGGUUAUCCCGCCAUUGUUUUUGUAAAUAGCUGACCAAUGGGGCUGAAGAAAUAGAACCACUCUCAAAUUCAUAGACAGCGCUAUUGAUGCAAGGACUGACCAUCCAUGAGAUCAAAAGGAUAGCUUUAAUCAUGUUGUAAUGAUCUUGGGUGAAUAAGCGCGGAUAUUGACUACAAUGUUUUGAGAAUAUAAAAACAAGAUUAUGAUUGGGGUUAUAAUUGGGGUUUUGAUCGGGUAAGACAGUUCAACUAAGCUCAUGAAGUUUUUCUAAGUUAUAUUGUUCAAGAAUCAAUGGGUAUAUGUAAUUACUUAAAGUCAAAAACAUUUAUGUAACAACUGCAGAUUUGCAAAAGAGAAACUUUUAUUUUGUAAUGUCCCUUUAAGUAAACUAUUUACACGUCUUAUGCGUUUACAUUCCCUUCUUUUUUUGCUGCUUCCAUUCAACCAUAACAAUAAUGGGGAUGAUCAAGAUUUGUUCAACAUAGACUGACCAGGUGAAAGCUACUGUGGGAAGCAUUGGGGUCAACAUGGGCCAGCAUCCCAGUGGAAGGCUACCGACACCUUGUAGAUUCCACGUCUCAAAGAAUUGAGGCUGUUCUGAGGGCAAAAGGGGAUGCAAGUCAUUAUUAGGAAGGUGUUCCUAAUGUUAUGUACAAUCAGUGUACUUUUACCGUACACCAUCUUGUUUAUCCAGUCACUGCAACAGAAAGUGAAAGUAAGAAUUACAUUUCACAGCACAGUCUAUGUAUAGGUGAAAUUACAAGAACAGACGCCUUUGUGUCGGAUCACACACAGGAAGGAUUUUUCUGCUCUCUGUGAAGUCUUCUUACCGUAAAUGUUUUCGAGAUUUCUAACUCUCACCAUGCCAAACGUAAAUCUCAUCUUGGAGGCUCUGUCUGCUGUCUCAGGUUGCAACGUGGAAUCAGCCACCGCGGGAACACUUUCACUAACCCCACAGGACUUUGUCAAUGUGGUCGCACUAAAGGAGUUCUACGUACAAGAGGGCCUUCUAGAGUUGGAGUACCCAAGUUUGGGGACAUUGUCUUUAAAAGGUGCCUUAGCUUUACCUGAUGCCCCAUCCGCUGCAUCCAUUCCACAAACCACUGUUUCUGUGAACGUGAAUGAGUUCCUUGAUUCUCGGUAUGACUACGACUUUACAAAUGUUAAGGAUGGUGAAGCAGUGUUUACUCGGGGAAAGGAGCAGUACGUCCGACCCUGUGGCUGGAACCGGAUUGCCCUGAAGGUGUUGAACAAAUACAGGGAUGGAGAUGGAUGGUUGGGGACCGGAGACGAGGCCUGGCCAGUGUCCUACCACGGACCUGCUAUGGACGGAUCCCAGGGCAUCAUCAGGAAUGAUGGAGAUGGAGAUGGUGCUACUGUCGGAAGAGGAGUGUACUCAACACCGGACAUUAACGUAGCUGAGAAGUUCUCCAAGAGGUUUACGUCCAAAGUAGAUAACAAAACCUACAAGGUGGUGCUACAGAAUAGGAUCAACCCCCAGAAAAGGCAACAGUGUCGGAGAGAGAGUUACUGGCUGGUUUAUGUGCCUGAGGGAUCAUCUCCUGUUCAAGAGAGAGCUAUUGUGGAGAACUCCAUCCGUCCUUAUGGUCUGCUGCUUAAGGAAGUGUUGUAAUCAAGGCAGACAAUGUUUGAUAGAUAAGUAAAUAGGUUUGCCUUAAUCAUACUCAGUAUGAUCAGAAAAUGAAGAGAUGUAACAUCAGAUCAAUACAAUUCUAAAUCAACUAAGUAACAAGGUUAAUUUGUUAUAGUCAUAGGAUUAGCAUACGAUUGCUUGAGAUUUUUGCAGUGUAAAUGUAGCCUUUACCUGAUAGGCUACUAAUAUGGAUGUGUUCAAAGGUAAUACAAUGACUUGAAAUAAGUGUGCAUUGUUUAUUUACAUUGUACUUUAUUUCCAGUGACCUGCCUCAUCUAACCACAUAUUUUCAACCAGUUGUUUUGGGAAAAGAGUGCUUUCUAUGUACAUAUACCUCCAAAAUGUUAGUUUGGAUGACGCUGAAUAAGACUUCACUAAUGAAAAGCUGUAGUCACAGCAUCAAUACAGCAACAAUAUACUACACUGCCACCUAGUGGUUCUCUUAUGAUAUUUAACUUCCAAUUAUUGACUUCCAAUUUGGAAUUUUUUACAUUUAAUACAUUUUAGAAUAAGGCUGUAACCUAACAAAAUGUGGAAAAAGUCAAGGGGUCUGAAUACUUUCCCGGAGGCACUGUAUAUGAACAAUUAGCCUGCUAGUUUGUUGGUGUCUUUAUCAGUAAUCUACAUGAAGAUAUGCUUAAUGAUUUGAAAAUGCAUUAAUAAAUGGUUUAUUCACAUUAAA